AUGGUUUGGAGGGUGAGAAGAGGCAGAGGGAAAGGGUUCUGGGCUAACGCCGAUGCCUGCCAGGCUGCCCAAUUAUUGCAAGCCUCAGGCACCAAGGCUACAAUCAUCUCGUGGUCUGCGUUCACACAACAGCAGCAAAUCAUGGCUGCCAACUAUCGCGAGAUCGGCUUCGGAGAAUGUGGCGUAGUCUUCGAGCGAUUGGGACAAAACUAUGUUAUCAAGGUUGCGAGGCCCUUUUACGAAGAUUCGCUCUGGGCAGACUUCAGUGCCCAUUUCCAAGUACGAAAAGCGUUUGAAUCGCAGUCAAACGAGCCUACCUGUCGGAUCAUGAAGCUCUUUUCCUAUGUGCCGAAGGAUAAUCAACGAUGGUGGGAAGAGAAACUUCCUUUCCUGUCGCCAACCUGUCCCUCUCUCUAUCUUCCAACUAUGGCCCUAAUCACAGAGAGGAUCCUUCCGUUGCCCAAAACGGCAAGGCAAGCGCUGAUAGAUGCAUACUGCCCAGCUAUCUCACGAACGGCUGUCGCUGCCAACCCAACAAAUCGAGACUGCCUAGCGCGGAUCUAUCUUGGUCGGCGCCGCCCACCGGGGACACCCCAAGCGCCAAAUUUUACGCUUCGAAACUUCAAUCUGUGCCUCGACCAAGCCAUAGACCUUGAAUUCCCAGUUAAUUUAUUCGCUGCUGGCAUAGGCGAGGCCCUAGCAAUCAUUCAUUGGGUAGCACACGUCGAUGCAUACGAUAUUGAGUUCGUGCUGGGAAGCGAAGGGGGUAUGCCACCUGCCUAUACCCAGGACCUAUCAAGAUGCCUGAACCUGAGCGCACAGGACCAGUUGAAAAUGGCCCCGCACACGGAUGUUGAGGACUUAUUGAGUACCAACUCUCCACUUCGGACUCCUCGGCUAUUCGUUUUGGAUUUCAAUCUCUAG